AUGGUCGCCGACGCCGUCAUCUACCACCCCUCGGUGGCCCAUUACCUCAAGUUCGUCGCAACCACCGUCGGCCGCGACAAGCUCCUCCGCACCGUCCAGUACUUCGCCCGCUUCUACGCCUGGUACCUCCUCCGCACCAACGCCGUCGCCUCCGCCGUCGCCCCCUGGACCCAGACCAAGAAGCAGCUCGGCCUCAUGCGCAAGUUCUUCCGCAUCGGCAAGAACGUCGAGCACCUCAAGGCCGCCGCCACCGCCGCCGACGCCAAGGUCGCCGACCCCUUCCUGCGCUACACCUCCGUGGGCCGCCAGCUGGGAUACGCGGGGUACCUCAGCUUCGACGCCGCCACGGUCCUGGACGCCGCCGCCAUCAGGAAGUGGGAGGGCGCCAAGCGCGCGCAAACCAACGCCUACAGGUGCUGGGCGUUCGGCAUCCUCUUCAGCAUCGCGGGCCAGCUGUACACCCAGUACAGGCUGAACCAGCGUGAGGCCAAGGUCGACAAGAAGGACGGCGAGGGCGUCGUCGAGAGCAAGCGCAUCGCACUGGAGCGCGCCGCCAGCAGGCUGCAACUCGUCUCCGACCUGGCCGACCUGACAAUCCCAACCACCGGCCUCGGCUGGGUCAACCUGGACGACGGCGUCGUCGGUCUCGCCGGUACCCUGAGCAGUUUGAUCGGCAUCUACACGCAGUGGAAGAAGACUGCUUAA